UACAGUUGAUUUUUUUCUGUUUUGUGUUGUUUUUGUACAUAACAAAUCAAGCUUCAAAGUGUGCCUGUCUGUGCUUGCAUAAUUUUUCACCACUAUCUUGUGUCUGAGCGCACGCAUCCGUGCAUCCAUCUCUACGUGGCUGUUGCGUCUCUCAACGCAGCAUGUGUGUAAGUGUGUGUGGUUGGUGAGAGAGGGACAACAAGGGAGGGAAAGAGAGAGAGAGAGAGAGAGAAAUGAGAGAGGUUUGAGAGCUCAAUGGGCAAACGCAGUGUCCUGAUGUGCUGGUGCACGCUGUUUCUCUGACAAGUUUUUGCAAUACCACAGGAUUCUUUGAAGUUUUGGGUAGAAGUUGUUGCUGCUGCUGGUUAUGUGUCUUUUAGUCGCCACAGGUUCUACUUGUCUUCAUUUACCACCUCUUAAGUUUGCCCCAUUCCUGAGUCUCAGAGGACGGGUAGUUUGUGGAGGAGAUCCAAGAUUCUUGUAACCUUUCUCCUGGCCACAUCCUGUUCAAACACAUCUCUAUUCUCGUAUAACCUCAUCUGUCUGUCCUCGCUGCCUGCUCGUAUUCUUUCUUGCUCAACAGACACUUUUCAGUCCUCUCCCACAUACACACCACCUCCCCUCACUCCGGCCCCUUUCUCCUAUUUUAGCUCUGCUCUCCUGUUCCCCGUCUCCUUUACCUGUCCAAGAAGGACAAUCCCAUUUUUUGUUAUCUGCCAAAUUUGUCCUACACCGUCACUGUCCCGUCCCCUAACUCUUCCCCUGUUCCCCUAAUGGGCACUAUAUCAGACAGCAGUGCCACAUUCCCUUCGGCGUCACUGAGAACCUCUCUCCACCCCUAACUGUUGUGCCAACACCAACAUCAACACGACCCAAUGGAGACAAAAGAUAUGAUGAUGACGAGCAUGUUGACAAUGGACAAAGAGGAGAAUGAGGGAGAGAGGGACAAAGCAAGAGAGGAGUUGGGGGGAGAACAGGAGGGAACACAGCAGGAAAAUGGUAGACUGAUGCUGGCUGAUGGUCUCACAGAAAAAGGACCCAAGAGCCUGACCUCUGGCUCUGGACAGCAGGUGUCCAAUGGCUUCACCACAUCCACCCCUCAAAGCCCCAGGGAGGGACCAGGGACCGCAGAUAGCUCUAGAGAUACAGCCUCUGGGCCUGGAGGAGGCACCGGGUCCUCUGUGCCGCCAGGAAGCCUCAGGACUCUGGUGGUCCAACAAACAAGCUUGGAGAGGCCCAGAGAAACCUGGAGCAAGAAGAUGGACUUCUUGCUGUCUGUGAUCGGCUAUGCGGUGGACUUGGGAAAUGUCUGGCGCUUCCCUUACAUCUGCUACCAAAAUGGAGGAGGUGCCUUCUUGCUGCCCUACCUGUUGAUGGCAGUGUUCGGAGGUGUCCCUCUCUUCUACAUGGAGCUGGCUCUCGGCCAGUUCCACCGCAGUGGCUGCAUCUCCAUCUGGAAACACAUCUGCCCCAUCUUCAAAGGGAUCGGCUUUGCUAUCUGCAUCAUAGCCCUCUACAUAGCCUUCUACUACAACACCAUCAUGGCCUGGGCCUUGUACUACCUAAUAUCAUCAUUUCAGCCCACCCUGCCUUGGAGCACCUGCACCAACAGCUGGAACACCGGCACCUGUAACCGCUACAUGUCCACCGACCACAAUGUCUCGUGGUCCAACUCCUCCACCUCCCCUGCCGAGGAGUUCUAUACUCGCCAGGUGUUGCAGGUCCACCUCUCCCCAGGUCUGCACCAGCUGGGCUCUGUCAGCUGGCAGCUGGCCCUCUGCCUGCUCUUCAUCUUCACCAUUGUCUACUUCAGCAUCUGGAAAGGAGUCAAGACGUCUGGAAAGGUAGUUUGGGUGACCGCUACCUUUCCCUACCUGGUCCUCCUGGUGUUGCUGGUUCGUGGGGCCACUCUGCCAGGUGCCUGGAGGGGUGUGGUCUUCUAUCUCAAACCUGAUUGGCAGAAACUGCUUAGCACUACAGUGUGGAUUGAUGCAGCAGCUCAGAUCUUCUUCUCACUGGGACCUGGGUUUGGCGUGCUCCUUGCGUUUGCCAGCUACAAUCCCUUUCACAACAACUGCUACAAAGAUGCUCUGGUCACCAGCUCUGUGAACUGUCUGACUAGCUUUCUGUCUGGCUUUGUCAUCUUUACCGUGCUGGGAUACAUGGCUGAAAUGAGGAAACAGGACGUAGAUGCUGUGGCCAAGGAUGCCGGCCCCAGUCUGCUGUUCAUUAUUUACGCAGAAGCCAUAGCAAAUAUGCCUGCUGCUACUUUCUUUUCCAUCAUCUUCUUCCUCAUGAUCAUUAUGUUGGGUCUGGACAGCACGUUUGCAGGGUUGGAGGGGGUGAUCACCGCUAUGCUAGAUGAGUUCCCUCAUAUCCUGGUGAAGAGACGAGAGUGGUUUGUCUUCGGCUUGGUGUGUGUUUGCUACCUCGGGGCUCUCUCCACACUCACAUAUGGAGGAGCAUUUGUGGUGAAGCUGUUUGAGGAGUACGCUACAGGCCCUGCAGUCAUCACUGUGGUCUUGCUUGAAGUCAUCGCUGUUUCCUGGUUUUACGGUACCAACCGUUUCUGCAAUGACAUCGAGGUCAUGCUUGGUUUCUACCCAGGUCGUUUCUGGAGGGUGUGCUGGGUGGCCAUCUGCCCCUGCUUUCUGCUGUUCAUCAUCAUCAGUUUCCUAGCCUUCCCUCCAGAAGUCAGGUUGUUUAACUACCACUACCCGCCAUGGACCACUGUCCUGGGCUACUGUAUCGGGGUGUCCUCAUUCAUCUGUGUGCCUGCUUACAUGGUCUACCACUUGCUUAAUGCCAAGGGCACUUUUAAACAGCGUCUGUUAAAGAGUAUCACUCCAGAGCCGAGCAGUGACCAACACAGAGACCUCAUUGUCACCAAUGCAGUCUGACCAAACCCUGAACCAAAAGAAGGGUGCCAGUCUACCUACGUAGAGCAACCUCUUCUGGACAAACUGCAAAACUACAGGACAAGGGGGCUACUUUCACCGUCUUUGCCUCUUUUCAUUACAUCUCCUACUCUUGUUUUUAGCUGCCUCACACCAAGAUGUAGCGAUAGGGGUGGAGUUAGGUGGAGCCAGGCUGGAGUAGCUUUGUUUAGCUUGGUUUAGUUUGGUUCCUUAUGCUGGUUCAGUUUAGAAUGAGUUCUCUGGUGUUACCUGCACACCCUGAGCUUAGAUUUUCACUCAUAAGUGUCACCUAAAUCAUUUAGUGACUGACCUUUCUUCAGGUUAUACAGACAUAACAAGUAUUUUAUACAGUUAAAGUGAUACAAUCUAUGUUCAUGUAGACAAUAAACUGGAGAUACUGCACACAAAUCAUUCGGAGAAGGCCAGAUAGUUACAUUGCAAACUCCCAGAGUUUAAGGUUGUAUUUUCAUAUUGUACUGUUAAGUUAUGCAUUCUUAUAUGUAGCAAAAUUCAGGUAUCUUUUUACAUCUGUUACUGAAGCCAAAUAUAUGAUAUCUGUUCUGUUCAUAUUUCUAAAGAUGUUUCAGUAUUGUGGUUGUUAUGUUGUAUUGACUGUCAGCCUGUGUUUAUUUAGUGACAUCUUGGACAAAUGAUGGAUUUGCAUUGAGUUCCCUACACUGUGAAAUACUGUCUGGAAGUGACAUGAACGUGUGUGUGUGCCUGUGUGUAUGUGUAUAAGAAAGACUGUUAUACUGUCCAGUGAGAAAAAAAAUGGAUCACAAACAUAACAUAGUGUAUUCAUUCUAUAACUGCAAUAUGAGAUGUGUAUUUAUUUUAUGGUGUAUCAUUGCUGUCAUUUUGACCUCCCACACUACAUGACUGUUGAUGGUUCUUUUAUGGUUUAAUCACAGUGACAUUCUCUCGUCAUACUGCAGAACUGUCAGUAAUAGAAACCAAAUAUGAUCAGAGCUAAAAGCAUCAUUAGGUUUGAAAAUCUAUCUGCUCUUUACUUUUUACCAAAAAAAAAAUAUGUGUGUUUGUGUGUGUGAGUAUGCACAUGUGCCUGCGUGUGUUUGUGAGAGUGUAUGUAUCUGUGUGUAUGUAGGAGCAGGAGUUAAAAUAUGGCGAGUACUGUACAUUAUGUGUAUUUACUAGUCAGUCUGGUAUUGGUGUAACCUAUCCUGUGAAUACCUGUCUCCUCUCUUCAUGGACAUGUGAGAGUGUGUGUGUUUAGUUCUUGUGUGGGCUCGGAUCUUGUGUGUGUGCACCUUGAUUAGUAUGUUGGUGCAUGUAUGGGUGGUUGUGCAAAAAAGGAUUAGAGGAUAUUCAGCCCCUUUAUAUGUGCAUGCCGUAAUGUGUGCGUGUGUGUGUGUGCGUGUGUACUGUACUUUAAGUGUGUGUGUGCGUGUGUGUGCGUGUGUGUCUGUAAUGUGAUCUCCUGUUGUCUUGUCAACUGCCAAAAUAUAUUAUGAAGGAAAAAAACUCCCUCUUGCCUCUCUCUCUCUCUCUCUCUCUCUCUCUCUCUCUCUGUCUCUUUCGUACCUCUUAAGCGUAAGAUCUAUGUAUGUCAGUAAAAGACUGUAUUGAUAAAUACAACUGUAUAAAAUAAAGAUAUAUAAAUAUAUGGGAAAUAACAGAUAAUAAAGAUAUAU